AUGAUGACAGACGAUGUGGAGCGAGCCGAGCUCUGCUUCCCUCAGCUGCUGAAUUUGUCCUGCACAGGUGUAAUGCGUCCUCGCACUGAGGCCGUCCUCCUCUACUCUCUGCUCUCCUGCAUCACUGUCCUCACUGUAGUCCUCAACCUGCUGGUCAUCAUCUCCAUCUCCCACUUCAAGCAGCUCCACACCCCCACCAACCUGCUCCUGCUCUCCCUGGCCAUCUCAGACCUCCUGGUGGGGCUGCUGGUGAUGCCGGUGGAGACGCUGCGGUUCAUAGAAACCUGCUGGCUGCUUGGAGAUCUCAUGUGCGCUCUGUCGUACAUUAUUGGCUUCACUCUCACCUCAGCGUCUGUGGGGAACAUGGUGCUUAUAUCCAUUGAUCGCUAUGUUGCUAUUUGUUACCCUCUGCAGUACUCCACUCAGAUCACCCGCAGCCGGGUGGAGCUGUCAGUGUGCAUGUGCUGGGCCUGCUCUCUGCUCUACAACGGGCUGAUCCUAAAGGAGCAUCUCAGUCAGCCUGAUAGACACAACUCCUGCUUUGGGGAGUGUUUGGUGGUGAUUAACUACGUCUCUGGAACUGUGGACCUUGUGUUCACCUUCAUAGGCCCUUGUUUGAUAAUUGUGGUUUUGUACAUGAGGGUUUUUGUUGUAGCCGUGUCUCAGGCUCGUGCGAUGCAGUCUCACGUUACGGUGGCUGCGGUGGGUAAGGUUACAAUCACUGCUAAGAGGUCAGAGAGGAAGGCAGCGAGGACUCUGGGCGUGGUCAUUCUGAUGUUUCUGAUGAGCUUCUGUCCGUAUUACUACCCGUCUCUUGCAGGACAAGACAUCUCAAACAGCGCGUCCUCCUGGGCCAUCGUGUCCUGGCUGGUGUACUUUAACUCGUGUUUGAACCCUCUCAUCUACGCUUUAUUCUACCCCUGGUUUAGAAAGGCGAUCAAGUACAUUGUUACACUGAAGAUACUAGAUCAGUGCUCCUCUCUGGCAAAUAUAAUCUGA